AUGGGGGAGUCCAUCUUCGACAGCGACGUGGUGCCCUUCUCGCUCGUCGAGAUCGCGCCCAUCCUCUGGGUCGCCAACGAGGUCGAGGCCAGCAAUCCGCGCGUCGCCUACCUCUGCCGCUUCUACGCCUUUGAGAAGGCCAACCGGCUCGACCGCACCUCCAGCGGCCGUGGAGUGCGCCAGUUCAAGACCGCGCUGCUACAAAGGCUCAAGAGGGAGAACAACCCCACCCUCAAGGGGAGGGUGCACCAGAGCGAAGCGUGUGAGAUACAGCGCUUCUACCGCGAGUACUAG